AUGAGCCCUCCCGUCCUUCACUUCCUCCUUUGCGCCACGCUUUACGCGCUCCUGGAGUUCUCGACAGCGUCUAGCGAGACUCAACUUGCCAGCACCCCGUCUCCCACAAGCAGCGCCAACGAUACUGGCGGCGGCGGCGACAAUACUGGCGGUGGCGGCGACGAUACUUCCGAUGGCCUAGCAGUCGCCAGCGGAAACAAAAAGCCGAGUGCGGAGGCUAUUGCAGUCUUUAUUGUGGUCGCGAGUAUGGUGACUGGGCUUUGCUGGGUGGUUGGUGAAGUGGUCAUGUGCGAGGUUCGUCGUUAUCGCAGGGAGAGGGCGGAGCAUCAGCGCCAGGAGGGCCCGGAGGAGAUUGAGAUGACGGAUAUGGCGAAUACUGACAGGAGGGCCUCGAUCUAA